UAUAUAUAAAUCUGAAAUUAGUUCCCUUGAGUAUUGUGAGAUUGUCCACAGGGAUGUAUGUGAUUGUUCAGAUGUGUAGUCUCUUCAUCAUUCUGUACAGAACACCACUGUGAGGAACUGUGAUUCGCUGUUGGUUUCCUGCUGAGCAAUAAGUCCUGUACUGAAGCCCGGACUCAUUGAUAUGCAGGAGUGUGUGUGGAUGUCUCUAGUGAAGAAUUACACGUCAUGCAGAAAAACCCAGACUUUUAAACCUGGUGUAAUCACAGCAAAAUACAUUGUUCUGAGAGUGGGCUUGUGUUUUCACUUACCGUAUCUGCUUAUCUGCAUAUUACAUAUAAGAAGCAGUGCAGACUUGUCUACCCACUUGAACCACAUGUGGUGGGUCAUGCAAUCCAAGUCUUGCAUAAAUUACACUAUAUUCCUCCAAUAAAUGUUAAAUGAAUCUAGGGACUGGAAUAUCCUCCCCAAACCACUUAUUUGGACCAGUGUAUUUUGUACUUUACUAUAUUUAUAUUUUAAAUAAAAGACAAUGUCCCCCUCCCUCCCACCCUUACUUUUGUAAUGGAUUGAAAUAAUGGUUGUCAUUAUCAACAUACACACUUGGAGAGAUUACAAUGUACUUGACAGCUUGUAAUCAUAAUACAUUGAUAGGAUGUUUUGAAACAUAUGCUCUAGAUGUGGCUACCAGAAGGGAUUGACAACUUUUUGGAAGGAUGUGGAAAACAGUAUGAACAAUAUUUCUGACAGGCUGAAUAGGAAUGCGCCACAUUACCCUGAAAUGUCCAAUUGUCUCUUGAGUGUUGAGAGAAGUGUUGCUAUUAUUCAGAUUCCUGACACAUAAAUUGCAAAGCUUAUCUACCUGAUUUUUAUGGAAGGUACAUAUAGGUCUACUGGGGGAUUCAUAAUUCCUGACAGUUUAGAGGAACAGGACUUGUUAAGCACAGAAUCAGUGGGCUACACUGUAUGCUACUGGCUCUAUAUAUUCCUCAUUUUGCUCAUGGGACUUUUUUAGAGUGUUUGGAGUAUGCCGGACGUGUUCAGAAUUUUAACACAAAUACUAUAAGAACAUAUAUUUUAACAGCUUUUGCCAUGAGUUGUGAAACAGGCAAUGAGUCAAUGAUGGCUCUCAUAAGCUGUAACUAUACAUGAAAAAAUAAUUAGAAUUUUCCCUACUGUGUGGAAAAGAUCUCCCUAUGGUUCUGAAGUAGAUCUCAAGGUUUGAAAGGAACAGUGCUUUAGUUCCCUAAUUGGCUGUUUGGUGUGUGUGUGUGUGUGUGUCACACAUGUGCCCAUAUGUGUGCAUGCAUGUCUGUGUGCAUGCAUGUUUGUGUGUAUAUGUGUCUUCGCUUCGCUAGGUGUUCCUGGGGAGUGGAGAGAAUGAGGAUCCCCGGUUCCCAGUGGAGGUGCCAUCCAGCAGCACAGUGUCAGUGCUGACCUGCUCUCUCUCACUGAUGGCUCUAUGGGAGUUCCUUACACUGAGCAUCCACUGCUGGAUUGCGGUUGCUGCCAGCCUCCCUGAUCAAAGGGCCAGGGGGCCCCUGGACUGGCUCCUCUCUGAUAAGGGCCCCUUCCACCACUCUCAGGAGUACACCGACUUUGUGGAAAGGAACCGACAAGGCUUCUCUACCAGAUACAAAAUAUACAGAGAGUUUGGGAGAUGGAAAGUGAAUAACUUGGCUGUGGAGCAGAGAGACUUCCUGGACUUCCCUUUACCCCUCACUCCAGAAUUUUUCCGCAACAUACGACUUCUUGGACGACGGCCAACCACCCAGCUGAUUACUGAAAACCUCAUUAAAAAAUAUGGGACUCAUUUCUUGCUGUCAGCAACACUUGGAGGAGAAGAGGCCUUAACUAUAUUUGUGGACAAAAGAAAGCUGAGUUUAAAAACAGACGGGAGUGACUACUCCAACAGUAGCACUUCCGUUACAUUGGAGACGCUCCACCAGCUGGCGGCCUCCUACUUCAUUGACAGAGAGAGCACGCUGCGCAAGCUGCACCACCUCCAGAUAGCCUCCACUGCCAUCAAGGUAACAGAAACAAGAACUGGCCCGCUUGGUUGCAGUAAUUAUGACAACCUUGACUCUGUUAGUUCGGUACUGGUACAAAGUUCUGAAAAUAAAGUUCAUUUACAAGGUCUGCAGGUUAUUUUGCCAGACUACUUGAGAGCCCGCUUUGUACAAGCUGCUCUCAGUUACAUUGCCUGCAAUGGUGAGGGUGACUUUGUAUGCAAAAAUAAUGAUUGCUGGUGCAAGUGCAGUCACAGGUUCCCAGAAUGCAACUGCCCUUAUAUGGAUAUUCAAGCAAUGGAGGAAAGCUUACUUCGGAUUACUGAGAGCUGGAGCAUACUUUAUAAAGAAUUUGAAGAUUCAGAUGAAUUUAAAAUGUUCCUGGCCAGACUCCCACAAAAUUAUUUCCUAAACAUCUCAACUAUACAGAAGCUGUGGUCAAUGGACAGUGUAUUUCAGCGCCGCUAUGGGCAGAUGGAGAGCAGCAUCAAUGGGCUGUUUGGAAGGGCUCAACGAGUGGUGUACAAACUCUUCAGUCUGAGCAAGAGGUGUCAGAAACAGCCACAAAUUGCAUUACCCAGGAAAAGGCUGCGGACAUACUGGUUAAACUACUUCCAGUCUUUACUGUACUGCUCAGAGAACAACCAGCUUGGUUCAUUUUCUGAGGAGACACACAGCUGCAUCUGCGCAUAUGAACAGAACUGCCAGCGUCCCAUGCCCUGCUCCAUAGGGGAAGCACAGGCCUGCGGUACAUGUGCUCCCGACAACCUCACCCGCUGUGGAAGCUGCAACUCCGGCUACAUGCUGAGCCAAGGAACCUGCAAACCCAUGGUUGCAGACUCCACUGAAAACUACCUGGGCUUUGAAACAGACUUGCAGGACCUUGAGCUGAGAUAUCUGCUACAAAGAGCAGACAGGAGGCUUGAGGUCCACGCCAUUUUCAUUAGCAACGACAUGCGCCUCAACAGUUGGUUUGACCCUUCCUGGAGGAAACGCAUGCUACUCACUUUAAAGAGCAACAAGUACAAGUCAAAUCUUGUACAUAUGUUACUGGGUAUAUCCCUCCAGGUAUGCCUAACGAAAAACAGCACACUAGAGCCAGUACUAACAUUGUACAUCAACCCUUUUGGUGGAAGUCACUCAGAGAGCUGGUAUAUACCUGUAAGUGAGAACAAUUUUCCUGACUGGCAGCCGACUAAGCUUGACCUUCCCCUGGAGUGCUUCAACUGGACCUUGACCCUAGGUAACAAGUGGAAAACCUUUUUUGAAACCAUUCACAUCUACUUGAGGAGCCGUGUCAGGGCUCAGAGCAGUAGCGGGAACGACAGCUCAUACUAUGAGCCACUGGAGAUCAUUGAACCCUCCAGGAACUUGGGCUACAUGAAAAUAAACAGCAUCCAGGUGUUUGGCUACAGCAUGCACUUUGACACUGAGGCCAUUCGAGAUCUCAUUCUGCAGCUGGAUUAUCCCUACACACAGGGGUCCCAGGACUCUGCACUGCUGCAGCUGCUGGAGAUCCGUGACCGGGUGAACCGCCUCUCACCAACAGGUACACAGAGGUUGGACCUCUUUGCCUGCCUUCUCCGGCACAGACUCAAAUUAACUGCCAGUGAGGUAGCCCGGAUCCAUUCCUCUCUGCAGGCAUUCAGCAGGCGCCUGCCCAACUCUCUGGAUUAUGAGACCACUAAACUAUGUAGCUAACACUGACACAAGUACAGUAUGCUUAAAGAGGCCAUUUGUGAUACCUGUUAAACAUUUAAAUAUUUAUUAUAUACAUUGAGCUGGUGAGGAACCUCUUUGCCUGUGGCCAAAAAAAGAUAAAAGACAAAUGUAAGAAAUCAGUUAUAUGAACUUGUUCAAAAGAAAAUGUUUAUUUGUAUGCACUCUGAGCAAAUUAAGGUGAGAGGGGACUUACAGUGUACAAGUAUAUUUGUUUUUAAAAGUUGUUUUUACAAGUUCUGUUGCUUCAGUGACAGUGCAGUUUCCAUACUUGAAAGACUAGUGAUGUCAGUACAUUUUGUAGAUGAAUUGUUAUUAAAGUAUGAUAUUAUAUGUAUUGUGAAA